AUGAGUACCCGUUACUCCACUCAACUGCAAUCAUCAGCCAUAACAUCCAUCACUGUCUCAUCAUCUUCUUCCCUAGAUUCAAGGCCACGCGAUGAUAACAGCCACACGGCUGCAGUUUCCAACGCUCACCAGAGCUCUCCAUCUUCCUACCUGAUAAGACUGGCCAUGAGAGUAUCCAGAGCAAGGUGGUUCAUUUUCUUGAGAAGAGUGUUUCAUUACCAGAACGGCUCAAGAUCCGAUCUUGGCACCAACCCUUUCGAUUCAUUCACUUGGAUGAUUACAGAGCUCAUCGCUCUACUUGUACAGAUCACUGUGAUAACAUUCACACUAUCUCUGUCGAAUAACGAGAGACCUAUUUGGCCUGUGAGGUUAUGGAUCACCGGUUACAACGUCGGAUGUCUUCUCAAUCUCAUGCUGUUAUACGGCCGGUACCGUCAGCAAGACGUAAGCCAAGGCAAUGGGUUUAGCUUCGGCGAUAUUGAGCAGCAAAGAGAAGAGACCAGGUGCUCGCAUUUGAUGAACAGAUGCCGGACAUCGCUGGAGCUUUUCUUCGCGAUAUGGUUUGUGAUAGGUAAUGUUUGGGUGUUUGAUUCUCGGUUUGGCUCUUUCCACUAUGCUCCGUACCUUCAUGUCCUCUGCAUCUCUCUGCUCGCUUGGAACGCUCUCUGCUACUCCUUCCCAUUUCUUCUCUUCCUCCUUCUCUGUUGCGUUGUGCCUCUCGUUAGCAGCUUCCUCGGCUACAACAUGAACGUUGGAUCUUCGGAAAAAGGAGCUUCUGAUGACCAAAUCUCUAGCCUCCCCAGCUGGAAAUACAAACUCAUUGAUGAAACCUCUGAUUCUUCUCAAGCAACCGAUGAUCCGGAAUGUUGCAUAUGUUUGGCAAAGUACAAAGAUAAAGAGGAAGUGAGAAAGCUUCCAUCUUCAACCGCCGGAGCCGCCGCAAGGAAGGCUCUUCAUCGGCCGUGGCAUACUUUUGAGCUCUGUAGAGCGUUGCCUUUCUAA